AUGAUCAAUUCUGAAGGGAGCGAGGUUUGGUGCCCGAGCAGCGUGGAGAAGGCGCUGCAGCCGCGCAAGGGGGGCGACGAUUACAAUGCGAAGGCGGUGCGGCAUGCGCUGCGCGUGUUUACGGCGACGUGGAUUGGGAUGAAGGCGUGGGACGCCAUUAUGCGGAGGCUGGGGAACAAGGAGUCAAGCGGAAGCGGCAAGAAGAAGCCCUUCUACAAGUCUCCCGCCCUGCGGCUCUCUCUCUCCCUAUCGAGCAUCCUGUUCCUCUACCGCUUUCUCUUCCGCUUCCUCACCCGGCUCCGCGCCCAUCUCCUGGACCCCCAGGCGGAGCCCUUCCGGCUGCGCAACCCGCGGACGACGGCGACGCUGACGUCGCCCUUUGCGCCGGCCGUUGGCGCCUCGCUGGCGGGCCUGGCCCUGGGCAUCUACCCGUCGCGCCAGAUGCGCGUCAGCAUCGCCAUCUACGCCCUCUUCCGGGCGCUGGAGUUUGGCUGGAACGUGUGCGAGAAGGACGGCCUGAUCUGGGGCGUCAGGAACGGCAAGAACCGCGAGCGGCCGUGGUGGUUUGGGAGCUGGAUGCUGCAGCCUUUUGCGUUUGGGCAGUUGUUCCAUGCGGCUGUGUUUGAUCCCGAUUGCUUCCCUUCUUCCUUUGGGGAACUCAUCUUCAAAAACUCAUCUACCUACCUGCCUCCGCGGCCGGAAAACUAUCCCACGAAUCUCAAGUGGCCAUCACCGUCUCAGAUUCUAGAGAACAUUGCAGAGAUGGCUCGACUCAACUGGCCACCUUUUAUAUCUCCCAUCCUGUUCCCUAACAAAGAAGUACUCCCACCCACGCUUACCGGCGUCUCGCCCCUGAGCUCGCAGGCUCACCCCCUCAUCACGUCUCUCUCCUGCGCAACCCUUCACCCGUCCGACCCGUCCUGCGCGCGAACCUACCUCACCUUCUGGCUCAACUCCUUCCCGAGCAUGACGCGCUUCAUCCUCAUCCUGUACUCGGCGCUGACCGUCAUCCCCCGGUUCCGCAACCUGUACAACUACCCGUUCGCCACGAUCCAGCGCAUCAUCUCGCAGGCGCUGCGCCUGUCGACGUUUGCCACGGGCGCCCUCUCGACGGCGUGGGCGUCGUUCUGCUUCUUCCAGCAGUACCUCCCGCGGCACGUGCUCGCCGCGCAGCGCGUCUUCCUCGGCGGGUUCCUGGCGGGGAUGUGGGCGUGGGUGGAGCGGCGGCACGGGCGCAGCGUCUUCUUGUACACGGCGCGGGCGAGCGUGGACAGCCUGUGGAAGGUGGGCGUCAAGCGGCGCUGGUGGAAGGCGAUGAAGGGCGGCGACGUGUGGGUGUUUGUGCUGGCGCUCAUGGUGACGGGGGUGGUGUACGAGCGGGAUGCAAAGGCCAUCCGGGAGGGCCAGUGGCGGAAGGGGGUGAGUUGGUUGAGGGGCGAGGGGUGGAAGGAUUGGGCGGUGGAGGAUGAUGGCGAGGAUGAGGAUGGGGAUGAGAAGGACAAGGAUGAGUAG